CCCAAUAACCUGACUGAGGUCUGUAUUGUGAACCUUCCUCAAACUGUAUUGUUCUGAUUUGUUCUGUAUAGAAAAACCAGCUGUAGUGUGUAUAUUGUUAAGCACUCUGUACUUCUGCUGUGCUGGACAUUACCCAAAUCUCUACAGAAUCACAGUCAAAGUGAGACUUGUGAUGUAGCCCUUUGCAUACUGGGAAUCAAUAAUCAGAUAUCUUUGUUGGUAUUUUGUAUUAGUAUUUUGUAAACAUGAAUGGCUGAGAGUGGUCACAACUACUUGGAGAUUCUUCCCGAUGAAGAGGAGGUGACAAUGAAUCGCACGUCCGUGGAGAUACCUUUACUGGGUACAAGCUCGGGAUCACUGGACGUUGACCAGGUGAGCCCAGAGUUCCCUAUGCAGUCCUCUGGCCAGUAUCGUCCAGUCAGUGCAACAAAGACCUAUGACUAUGCUGACUAUCCACAUCAGUACGAGGAACUCCCACAUCCUCAACUGCAGCCCAAUGGUAUGUCUCCCGACUGUGUGGACAUCCACUCCUCAAACGGCACUACAGUUACAUCAGGAAUUCACUCGGAGCAUGAGGAGGUAGAUGGCGCUGCUCAGUCCGAAGAGGAGAGGAAGCGGUUUAACCCCCUGUAUGAUGCCAUGAUCAACACAUCGCCCACCAUCUACAACAAGGUGAACAGCACAGUGAAGGCCAAGCAGGACCUGACUGUGAUGUCACAGCUCCGACUGCUGAAGCUGGCUCUUCUCCUCCUCACACUCAUCUCUACAGCCUCGCUCGUCAUCAUUGUGUACGUUGUGAUAGCAUUCGGUGAGGGUCCUAAUAAGGUAGCAUCCUUACAGAGAGAGUUACAGAGUCUCAAGUCCAAUCACACCAACCUGAAAACCAAGAUGAUGCUUCUAGAAUCUAUUGUUGCUGGGAAUAAGUCUUUUAAAUACAUCAAUGACCUAGAUGAUAAGACAAAGGAAAACAUAUCGUCACUGAAUACCAACUUACUGAAUGCAAAUGCAAUGUUAGGUCAGGUCCAGGAUCAGAUAAGCUCCAGUUACCUCAACCUCACUUCCGUCAUUGCUUCCCAGAAUGCCGCAGUACAGGAACAACUUCUGAAUAUCAGCAAAAUGGAGGGACCUCAGGGUCCUCAAGGGGUAGGUAACCUGAGCGCUUGUUUUAUGAAGGACGACACUGUCAGUUCACCAAUCGACACCACAUCGACCACCACGCUCAAUCCAUUCCCUCCGGAGGAGGAUCUAAAGAUGAGAUGGUUCUCGUGUGUGCUUCUUUGCAUUGUAUUGUCACAAGCCCAGAGCUGUUCUAAAUACAUUGACCUUGUAAUUGUCGUGGAAUCUUCCAAUGCCACUUUGUUCAGUUCUGGAGGGAAACAAACAUGGCACCCGGCAAUUCAGAUGUUUCUGACGAGUCUGUUGGAUGGCAUCACUCUCGGCACUGAGUUCUUCCGGGUUGCAGUGGUGCUCUACAGUUCUGCAGUAGAUGAUGUAAUGACUUUCACUGUUGACAGAGAAUUUGCGCAACAUGUGAUCUCUUUCUUGCGCCCUAAUUUUGAGGGAGCAAAUUUACAUACAGGCCUAGAGGAGAUGAAUCGAAUGUAUCAGUACUACUCCCGACCAGGUGCCACCAGGCGCGCAUUGCUGGUCACCGGGUCAAAAAUUGACGACUCAUCUAGCACAUUUGCUGAAGUGUGGCAAGCCCGCAUCAUGAACGUGGACCUAUUAGCAAUUGGUUUUGGUGGGAAUGAACUGGAACAAGAGUUGAAGCAGAUGGCUUCUGAUUUUGUCGUGACCAUCAGCGACAUUGCCAUGCUACAUGCACUAGUUAGUAGAGCCCUACUGAGGAUUUGUGUAGAUCCAGUUGAUGGCAGCUGGUCUGCUUGGAUGGCCUGGAGUACAUGCACAGCCUCAUGUAAUGGCGGCUAUCACAAACGCACACGUUCCUGUAACUCACCCCAGCCUUCACUGGGUGGCCAGCUUUGUGAUGGAAUGCCAACUCAGACAGAAAUCUGCAAUACUCAUGGUUGUCAAGAGGAAUGGGGAUUUGGGAGUUGGUCCUUGUGGAGUGAUUGUUCCACCUCCUGUGGGUCGGGCAGGCAAGUGAGAACACGCUGGUGUCAAGGUCAGUGUGGGAACAAGGAAGUGGAGACAGAGUUCCAGUCCUGCUCUAAAGCAGAGUGCCCUUCACCCGUUGAUGGUGCCUGGACUGAAUGGGGAGGAUGGAGUUCCUGUGAUUGCCACACAAAGACACGUCAAAGUAGCCGCAAAUGUUUGAACCCUCCACCUGCCAACGGAGGCAAGGCCUGCUCUGGUUCUUCAGUAAGGAACAGCACCUGCCUGCAGACAGAAACAAAAAACUGUCCUGAGGAUGGGGGUUGGUCUUCAUGGUCAGAGUGGAGUAGUUGUUCCCAGUCAUGUGGUGAAGGAAUUUCAUCUCGAAAGCGCCAGUGCGAUCAACCCUUACCACGCAAUGGCGGGGCAGAUUGCGUGGGAACAAAAAUUGAUCAACAAAGAUGCAAUUUAUACACUCUGUGUAAAGAUUGUCCACAUAAACCUUCCCAGCAAGGAAACAAUUGGUACUUGACGAGUUUCCACGACUCCUGGGUACCCCAGCGCUGUUCUGAUAGAGAAAUCUUCUCUGUGGAAUCCUGCAAAUGUAUAGCAGACAAGAGCAUCGCCAAUGGCCCAAGAUGUGAUGAAGUUCUACACCUGGAUUUUCUGUCAGACACUGAAAAUUCUGGUACUCCUUCAUCAGAAAAACAGUCCGCACACAACACUUUACAAUAUGAUGGAAGAGGAAACGCAGUGUUUAGUAAUGAUACCAGCAUUGUGCUGUGGCAGUUCUAUCAAAUGGAGUUAAACUCUGGAUUCCGCUUGUCUGCAAGAGUGAAGCCGGACAUCAAACGACAGGAAUCUAUGACUUUACUAAGUGAUGGGGACUGUGCUUUAAAUAGGCAUCCGUCCAUAAUAAUUGCAUUUCAAACCCUGGAGGAAAAGUUUGUGAAAGUGAUAUUUGGACUGUCUCUAGAAAACAAGGAAAAAAUGUCCUACAUUAAUGUGACAACUAAGGUAGAGGACUUGCUUCACUUAACUCUCCAUUUCACCGGAAACUGUUUUGGUGUCGAGGUCAAUCACAAGGUCACAAAUAUCUUAUUUCCCGAGACAGUGUACAUUCAAAGAACGAAAGGCCCUUUGGUGGUCGGAAAAAAUGUUUGUCAGGACUAUCCUGUUUUUCAUGGACUCCUUAACCAGAUACAACUUUUCAGCUGUUAGUUACCCUGUGCAUUUUCCAUCAACACAAAAUCAAAAGGGCAAAUCUGCAGACAUUUUAUUUUCCUAGUUCCCAGAAGAGUGUCAACAAUAUGUGAGCAAUGAGCAUUCAAAUUCACAGCAAUCUCAGCAAAAUGAUAAUGGUUUAACGAUAUGUGAUGAAAGUAUAAAUUUACAUAAAUGCCAUUGUGACGUGUUUAAUGCUUUAUAUUCAUUAAAAUGCUGUCAAGUUUCCAGUAUUUCAGUCAUUUACAGUACUAUCAUAAGAUAGAUUUAAUAGCACUGCUGGUGACUUCACUCUUGUAAUACAUUCAUUCAUUUCACUUUAAAGCCUAAUAAUUCAUACUGUGAAGCUGCAAAAAAAAAAAACCCAAAAAACUUGUGUAUUCCAAAAACAAAACAAAUACAAUUCACACUUCUAGUCCAGAAUUAUAGUUUACACAUAUUCUUAACAUCUUUAACAUAUGUAAUGGAAUAUUGCUCAAUCUACCAUUACCCUUAAUAUUCAAACGAGAUACAGAACAGAUACAUACUCAAAACAUCUAAACAUGACACACAUAUAUAUAAUGAUACCUAUAUAUACUGUAUUUUUUAACGGACAAACUGCAAAUAAAACACAAAGAAAUAUGAAGCAUAUGUAUGUAGGGGAAAAUAAAUUAAAUGACUGCAAAGUUUAAUAAUCAAGUUUUACAUCUCAAUUUUCAAACUCUGAUGCCACAGUGAAUGUUUUGUGAUGAAAUAUACAUAAAUAUACCUACAAACUACCAAGAAAAAAAAAGAGGGGGGGGGGGGGGGGCAUACUGAAA